AUCUCUACACUUAUUUCAUGACAAUUUCUCUCCAUAAAUUCUGCUCUCGACUCUGCUCUUGCUGCUCAAAACCCGCACAGAAUACCAAAAAGAUGGCCGACGGAGAAAUCGCUCACCGGACUGUCGCCGUCAACGGCAUAAGCAUGCACGUGGCCGAGAAGGGCGACGGUCCGGUGGUCCUCCUCAUCCACGGAUUCCCCGAGCUAUGGUACGCGUGGCGCCACCAGAUUGUCGGCCUUGCCGGACUAGGUUACCGCUGCGUGGCCCCGGACCUCCGCGGCUACGGAGACACCCAGGUCCCUGGGGAUGUUAACGACUACACCGUGUUUCAGAUUGUUGGAGAUCUUGUUGCUCUCAUCGAUUCUUUGGGCCAAGAAAAGGUUUUGGUUGUGGGGCAUGAUUGGGGAGCAAUGCUGGCAUGGAAUCUGUGCCUGUUCAGGCCGGACAAGGUGAAGGCGCUGGUGGCGCUUAGUGUCCCAUUUACCCCCCGGAAUCCGGCGAGAAAGACGAUCGAGUCCUUGAGGGCUACCUAUGGUGAUGACUACUACAUCUGCAGAUUCCAGGAACCUGGAGCGAUUGAAUCGGAAUUUGCUCGAUUGGGGACUUCCCUUGUUCUGAAGAAGUUUUUUACAUAUCGUAAUCCUGGUCCCCUUUUUAUACCGAAAGAAGGCUGGGGUUCUCCUAGUGAACAAAUUACACUGCCUCCUUGGCUCUCGGAAGAUGAUAUCAGCUACUAUGAAAGCAAAUUCGACAAGUCUGGCUUCACCGGUGGAGUUAAUUACUACCGAUGCUUGGACUCAGAUUGGGAACUUUCCGCCCCAUGGACCGGUGCACGAGUUAACAUACCAGCAAAGUUCAUUGUUGGAGACUUAGACCUCACUUACAAUUCUCUCGGGGCCAAGGAUUUCAUACACAAAGGUGGUUUCAAGAAAUACGUUCCUAUGCUUGAGGAUGUGGUCAUCAUGGAAGGAGUCGGCCAUUUCAUAAUGGAAGAAAAGCCAGAUGAAAUCAAUGCUCACAUUCAUGAGUUCAUCAAAAAAUUCUGAUGCAAAUAAAAUUUGGUGGUAUUUGUUGAGGUAAACUGUGUUGUGAAAUCAUAUUAAUAAAGAACCCUCCGCAGGGACUGAGCUACUUGUGAGGAAUAUAGUAAAAAAUAAUGUUCUGUUGAUAUUGGUGUGCUUGUAUUUUAUUAACUUGGAAGAUUUGUUUAUAAUGGUUAUAGAUUUAGCUGA